CUACUAGUGUGGCUAACCUAGAGGAUUCUGGAGAAGUCUCUAGUCCCGAAACUGCUGUUGUUCCCAUCCAUGUCUUAACCUCCAGGAGUUUCUUUCAGAAGAUGGGACUAUAUGGGAUCAGAGACGGCCCUUGGGAGCUGGGAAACAGGGCCGGGUACCUGAUAUUCCUGAUCCUCCAAUUUUCUACACUUAGCCUCAAUUCCUGGCAGCUCCCCCAGCUGCUGAAUUGUAUGUGUAUGUGUGAGCGGUAUUUUAAAUUAAGCAGUGAGUGCUUUCAGCUCAUCAUAAACAUGCUAAAAAGCUUCAGCCACGGCCUGAGCCCACCCCCACCCCUUACACACAGGCAGCAGCUGGGGCCACUCGACCCCACACUCUAAUACUCAUUGCCUAUGACUCACCAACAAAAAAGACUAUGUUUCAGUCUCCCUGGGUAGCUGAUUCCUAGUUGUGGUGGGAAAUCUCAGUCCGAAUUUGGAAGGCAAAGGGCCUCAGCCCCGCCCUACUGACUGAGCAUUCUACAACAUAUGGAGCGCCUACUAUGUGCAAGGCAUUAUGGGUGUUCCACCAGCCCCUUGAACGGACUUUGCUUCACAACUCAACCCCGGUAAAUGGAUCUUUCUGAUGUUUGUAUGCCGCAUUUGCAAAGCUUCCUAGAGCUUCAAAGGCCUAAGCAGGAUCGACCUCUUUGCAUGAACUUGGACUUUCAUGUUUGUGAGCUGAACUUUCCGAAGCCCUUCAGAGACUCGAAGACAGUGUGUGACUCUCCUGUGAGUUAAGAGCACUGGCUGAGUCAGACAGACCCGAGUGACAAGCUCAGCCUCACUCCCUCUCAGCUGUGAGAGCCAAGAUUUCCUUGACCUGUGGGAGUCAGAAAGGAUCCCUGAUGUCAUCACUUUAAGACCUCCGUUCACACUGUCUUGUGGUGGAUAUGUCAAUACCAGUACAUUCACGGCGAUUCAACAGCAUGAUGAGGGAAGAAAAUGCCGACCCCCAAAACAGGGGCACAACUUUCCCUAGACCAACAACAGAGAACAGAGCAGAGCUCCAAAUCCUGCAUUCUCAUUUGCCUAUGGUCUCAACUUCAGCCUCUGACCCUGGAGGGACAUCUACACAGUUGAUGACAUCUCCAGCCUUUGACAGUAUGACCACAUCACUCAUGGGAACACCCAACUCUGGAGCACUGUCCCCACCAAUAAUGCCAAGCUCUGACUCUGGGACACUGUCUCCUCUGCUAAUGCCAACCUCAGAUUCUGGAACACUGUCCCCACUGCUGAUGCCAGUCUCAGACUCUGGGGUGCUGUCCCCACUGAUAAUACCAGCUUCAGAUUCCGGAACAUUGUCCCCAUUAUUGUCCACUUCAGACUAUGGGAUAAUGUCCCCAGGGAUGAUGACAAUUCCUGACUUUGGGACAAUGUCUGCAGCGCUAAUGGCAACACCAGAUUCUACAGAGGUAUCACCAUUGGCAAUGCCGGUUUCAUCCUCUGGGGCAAUGUCUGCGCCUAUAAUGAGUGCUUCAUCCUCUGAGGCAAUGUCCACAACAUUAAUGCUAGGCUCAGAUCCUGGUGAGAUCUCCCCACUCCUGAUUCCAGAUAUAAACCCUGGAAUGACACCCACACUACCAAUGACAACUCCCGGCUCUGAAGCAAUGUCCCCGUUGCAAAUUACAGAUGAGGACACGGAAGCGAUGUCCAAAGUGCUAAUGACUGCCCUAGCUUCUGGAGAGAUAUCAUCACUGCUUAUGUCAGGCACAGAUUCUGAAGUGCUGUCUUCUUUAAUAAUGUCGGCCCUAGCUUCUGGAGAAACAUCAACCCAGCUCACAAACCCUCAAGACUCUGAGGGAAUGCCCCCUAUGCUCAUGUCAGGCCCAGACUCUGGAGUCAUGUCUUCACUGCCAAUGUCUGCUUCUGAUUCUGGAGCAAUGUCCACACCACUAUUGUCUAUGCCAGAAGCUGGAGAAAUAUCUACAUUAUCAAAGUCAGCCCCAGAUGCCGAGGCAAUAUCCCCACUGCUAAUGACAGCUCUAACCUCCACAGUGAUGCCCACCCAGCCGAUGGCAGCCUCUGCUUCUGGAGUGAUGUCUCCACACCUAACACAAAGUUUUGACUCUGAGAUCAUGCCUGCUCCACCAAUUAGAGCCACAACCACUGGAAUGAUGUCCACACUGCCGGCAAGAGCUUCUGAUACAGGAGCAACGGCUCCAUCACUAAUGAGAUCUUCUACAUCACAAAAGACAGUCCCAGUCUCUGGAUCAAUGUCCACUCCAAUGAUGGCUGUCACAAGCCCUGGAGCAAUGUUCACAGAGCAAAUGUCAACUGCAGCCUCCAGUGUGAUGUCUACACAUUUAGCAAUGGCCAUGCCUUCUGGAGCAAUGGCCACGCCUUCUGGAGCAAUGCCCAUGGGCUUUAUGAAGGCCACAGCAAAUGGAACAGUGUCCACACAGCGAGUAAGAUGUCCAGCUUCUGCGGUGAUGUCCACACAACUGGUUACAGCCACAGACUCUGAAAUGUCUAUGUCACAAUCAACAGUCCCAGCCUCUGGGUCAGUGUCCACACAGAAAAUCCGAGCUCCAGUCUCUGGGCCAAUGUCCACAUUACAAAUGAGAAGCACGGUCUCAGGAUUGACAUCUACACAACAAAUAAGAACCACAGCAUCUGGAGUGAUGUCUAGUCCAUUAACGACAGCCAAAACCUCUGGAUCAACGUCCACACUGUUAAUGAGAGACACAGCCUCGGGAGUGACAUCCAUGCCACAAAUGAGAGCUCCAGCCUCUGGAACAUUGUCCCAGCCACUAAUGACAUCCAAACCUUCUGGAACCAUGUUCAUGCAACAAAUGACAACUGCACCCUCUGGAGCAAUGCCCGCACCACUAAUAAGAGACACAGCUCCUGGAGCCCUGUCCAUGCCACAAAUAACAGAUACAGCUUCGGGAGGGAUGUCCACACUGCUAAUGAGAGCCACGGCUUCUGGAGCGAUGUCCACAUUGCAGAUGACAACCACCACAUCUGGAGGUAUGUCUGUGCCUCUGAUGAGAUCCUCAGGUCCUGGAGCAACACCCACAACACUCAUGAGAGCCACAGCCUCUGGGAAGAUGUCUAGCCAGCCAAUGAGCACUCAAGACUCCGGAGGGCUGUCCACAUCACUUAUGAGACCCAUGACCCCAGGAGUGAUGCAGAUGAGUGAUCAUGCUUCUGGACCAAUGUCCACACCCCUAACCAGAGCCUCAGACUCUUCAGAGAUGCCCACACUGCACAAUAGAGCUUCUUCUGGAGAGACGCCUCUGUCACUGAGACCUUCAACUUCUGGAGAGACAGCUCCACCUCCAAGAGCUUUGGCUUAUGGAACAAUAUCUGCCCCACAAAUGCCAGCCACAGCCUCAGGAAUGAUGUCCAUGCCACCGAUGAAGGCUUCAGCCCCUGCAUCGGCGUCCACACCACUAGUGAGACCAACAGCCUCUGGAGGGAUGUCUGUGCCACCGAUGAGAACCACAGCUUCUAGAGCAAAGUCUAUACCACAAAUGAUGGCCACAGACUGUGGAGAUAUGUGCCCACUCCCAGUGCAAACUCAAACCACUGAAGGCAUCUCUCCACCACCAGUCAGAACACCUGCCUCUUCAACUGUGUCUACACCACUAAGGAGAGUUUCUACUCCUGGAGCUGUGGCCACAGAGUUAACAAGAGCCCCAACCUCUGGAAAGAUGUCCACUUCACAACUGACAGCUAUGGCCUCUGGAGGAAUGUCCAAGCCAUUAGUGAGAGCUUCAGCCUCUGGAACCAUGCCCAUGCCUUUGAUGUCAUCCAUGACUUCUGGAGAGAUAUCCAUACCACUAAUGAAAACCAUGCCCUCUGGAGCAAUGUCAACUCCAAAAACCAAAGUCAUGAGCUCUAAAGCUACAUCCUUGCCACAGUCGACAUAUAUAACUUCUGAAGGGGUGGCUAUACCCCCACUGAGAGCCUCAGCUUCUGGAGAGGUAGCUAUACCACUUGUGAGAGGAAUGAUGUCGAUGCCACUACCGAGAGCUACAAGUUUAGAAGGGAUAUCCAUGCCACAGACGACAGCUACAGCCUCUGGAGGGAUGUCCAUGCCACUAAUGAGGGCCCCGGAACCUGGAACAAUGUCCACACCACAAACAGCCUUUGGAAUUAUGUCCAGUCUGGAUAGGAAAGCCACAGUCUCUGGAGAGGCAUCUACCUCGCACAUUAGAGUCACAGGCCCUGGAUCAAAGACCACACCACACAUGAGCGGUGCAAUCCCUGAAAUGAAGAAGCCACCACCGAAGGAAGUGCCUUCCUUUGGUAUGUUGACCCCAGCACUCUGUUACCUCUUAGAAGAGCAAGAAGCAGCUCGUGGUUCAUGCUCCAUGGAAGAAGAUGCGGAGAUUGAUGAAGAGAAGCAAAUGAAGGGAUUUUUGAAUGAUUCUGAGAAAAUGGCAUUUCUGGUAUCUCUUCAUCUGGGGGCAGCAGAGAGGUGGUCCAUUUUGCAGAUGGAGGUAGGAAACCCCCUCUCCAGUGAAAAUAAAUCUUUUCUGAGAAGAUCACAUGGUUUAUAUGACUCCCUGUCUGAGAUAGACAUCCUUAGUGCUGUUCUUUGCCAUCCCAAGCAGGGCCAGAAGUCAGUUAGGCAGUAUGCCACUGACUUCCUGCUGCUGGCUCGACAUUUGUCUUGGUCUGAUGCCAUUCUACGGACCAGGUUUCUGGAAGGACUCUCUGAAGCUGUUACCACCAAAAUGGGUCGUAUCUUCCUGAAGGUGGCCGGCAGCCUAAAGGAACUGAUAGACAGGUCUCUCUACACUGAGUGCCAGCUGGCUGAAGAGAAGGAUUCCCCAGGCAACUCAAGCCAGGUUGUGCCGACAUCCUGUAAGCGGAACAAUGAGGAGGUCAUGGAGAAUGAACUGAGCUCUCAGCAGCAGACUGAGGAGCACCAGCAUGUUCCCAAACGAUGUUAUUACCUGAAAGAACAUGGAGACCCCCAAGAAAGUCUUCAUGACCAUCUUCGAAAGAGCAUAGUUCAUCAGAAGGGCCCUACUAACAAGUAGUGCUCCCUGGAAUCUUCUGUGAUUUCUGACUUGGCUGCUAAUUUGAGGACUGGUUCCUGGACCCAUUCCAUUCAACUACAUCAUAAGCCUUGUUGCCUUCACCCUCCAGCCUUCCCCUACAGACACAUCUCACCUUACUUCCUACUUGGUUGCCUUGACCUUCUCUUUCACCUACAUGCCUGUAACCUGCCCCGACAAUCAGUAUGGACUACAAGACUGUGUAGUGUAUGAGGUUCUGACUCCCAUCAUCAUCAUGGCCAGUUCUAUUUUUGGUCCAGGGAGAAGUCUGGGCAGGAGAAAUCAUGUCCUACCUCAAAACACCUUAGAGUGUCUUGCCAUUUGUCAUCAGGCAAAGUUGAGGAAACCCUGGUCCCAUUCCACCUGGCAAGGGAACAUAGAGAGAGAGAGAGAGAUACCCACUCCUAUAUUACUCUUUCAAACCAGUAGUCUUGCCCUUAUAUGCCCCAACUCAUAGUACGUAAAAUGGGUCUCUAGGGCCCAGUAUCCAUCCUGAACCAUUUGUUUAGACCCACAGUCUUAUUAGUAGUGACAGUAACGGCUAACAAUUGUUGAUAAUGUGCCAUGUGAUAGGUACUGGGCUAAGCUCUUGACAAGCACCAUCUCACUACAGUGUUACAGUAACCCAAGUUGGUUUUGUGUUGUUAGCAUCUGACCUCUUGAUCUGUUGCUUAUGGCCCUUGUGCUUCAGUGUGGAAUCUCUAGCUCUGACCUCUGGGUGAUCCCCUCAGUUGUUAAUUGCCCUCACUUUCCUUGGCUUUUGUGCUUCAUGGCCAUCACUCUUCAAAAGGGUCUUGGUCUCUAAACCGGCAUAGCUAAUUAGAACCUAAUAUGAACAGUGUUUGCCUUCAGGUGGUGGGUUAUGAAUGAUCUUCAUUUUCUUCUUUUUAUUGUUCUCUGUACUUUGCAGAUUCUCUAGAGUAAGCAUGUAUUACAUUUGUAAU